AAAAAGCCGAAGUCAUACGUGCCUGCUUUAAAAAGCUGAUCCAGGCCGAGUCAUGAGUGCCGACGAGCGGAACCCAGCCGCCACACCCACCGCCUGUGAGGACACCCAGGGAGACGGACGAUGGAUGUCGAUGCACAACCGCUUCCUGUCCGACAGUAAAGACAAAGAACCUGACGUCCUCUUCGUUGGUGACUUUCUGGUGCAGCUUAUGCAUCAGUUCGGUGUGUGGCGGCAGCUCUUCUCUCCACUCCACGCCCUCAAUUUCGGGGUGGGUAGCGACGCCACGCAGCACGUUCUCUGGAGACUGACAAAUGGCGAACUGGACCACAUCAGCCCAAAGAUCGUCGUGCUGUGGGUCGGGACCCAAAAUCGUGGACAUACCGCUGAGCAGAUCUGUGGAGGCAUCAUGGAAAUCGUCCAAGUUGUCAAGAACAAGCUGCCGCACGCUCACACGCUCGUACUUGGACUCCUACCGCGAGGUAAAUCCCCAAACCCUCUGCGGGAACGCAAUGCCGAGGUCAACCGGUUGGUGCGGGAAGCCGUCACUUGCCUACCUCAUGCCUCUUUCCUGAAUGUGGACCCGGGCUUUGUGCACUCCAACGGCAGCAUCUCCCACCAGGACAUGUAUGACUACCUUCACCUGACCCCGCAGGCCUACCAGGCGGUGUGCGAGCCGCUGCAUGCUCACCUCAAGUCCAUGCUAGACAGGUCUGCUGAGAACUGAACACACAGACAAACAUGACUCUCACCGGUCCUCCACACUCUGCUAGCUUAGCAGGAAUGAUGAAUAGAAUCGACACGACGCGUCCGUGGGCGACGUGGUUGUCAAUCACUGUUACAGAUAAUGGGACCAAAACACUUAAAUAAAUGUGACACAUUAGCAAGAGAGAGAGACUAAUGUCCCGCUUCAAUACCAAUAAAGCUUCCUCUCCUGUUUUCGUCUUGUGCUUAACCUCCCUAUAUUAUCCCAUAUAUGACAUCAUCAUAGUUCCUAAGCACUUUUUGCUUCAGCUAUUGUGUUUAAAAGCAACAGAAGAGAGCCUGUUUUGUCAGAAACGUGUUUGUCAAGUCGUAUGUCGGGAGGCCCUGCUUGAAUUUAGCCCUGAGGACUAUUCCACUGCUUCAAUUUUUGAGCAGUGUAAGCUGGAAAAAUGCAUUAAAGACAGAUAACAGCA